CUUUGGUGUUUGCUUGGAAUAAACAAAGUAAUGUGCCGCUUUAUGCCGGCGACGUCACAAGAAACAGAAGAACGAGUGUACGUUCAGCCUUGUAAAUAACCUGACUUUCGUUGGAUUAUCCAAGGCAAACUAACCGAUUUACAAUAAUACUCUACAUACACUUGGCUAUUUAGACUAAUUAAACUAAUAGCUAUUGAUUGACAUUGCAUCCCAGAGAUCGUUUAGAUAUUUGCGACGCAAAAUGUCACAUUAAUUGGGAUUUAUUUGCGUAUAAAAAGUUGGAGAUUUCGUUUGAGAUGUCAUUUGUUAUCGACUGAGCACUGGUGUGAUGGGUUGAGAAUGUAGCGAGGAGGUUGUCAUGGAGUCAGUAAUCCAAUCAGAGAAAAGGAGAGAGUGUAAUCCAUGAUAAUCCCAUAUCCACAGAGACAAGCAGAGAGUGAAAAAGAGGCUGGCUGCCUGGGCAGGGGACUCCCGUUGCUAGGGAGACGUCUCCACAGAGACUUGGCCAUAAGGGAGAAAAUAGGGGAGGGGCUGAAAAAGACCCUCACCUGGGUUAAACUACGGACACAGGAGACAGAAGAGGAGGUAGAUAAAGAACAGGGUUGAGUCCAAGGAGGACUAAGAGGGAACAGAGGAGAGGAGUUUGUCAGUGUCAGGAUGGGCUACGACCUGGAGAGGUUUGUGGGGUACGUGAAUGAGGGUCUGCUGUGUUGCGUGUGUCGGGAUGUGUUGGAGCGCCCCCUUCAGGCCCCAUGUGAACAUGCCUACUGCAGCGGCUGCAUCAGCUCCUGGCUGAUUCAUCACCAGUCCUGCCCUGAGGACAGGCUGCCGCUGGACGUCAGCACUCUCAGACCACUGUACAGGUAUAUGCGCAAUGACCUGUCCAGGCUCCAGAUCCGCUGUGUUAACUCUGGUCAGGGCUGUGAGACCGUCUGCUCCCUGGAGACGCUACACACACAUGAGGACAAGUGUCCAUUCACCCUAAUACCCUGCUCCUACACAGGUUGUCCGGUGCAGGUGGAGAGGAGGGGUCUUGAGUCGCACCUGUCAGAGUGUGAGUUCCGUAGCCGGGCGUGUCCUAGUGGCUGUGGACACACCCUUCAUUCUACAGACCAAUCACAGCACAACUGUGUGGCCGAGCUACGAACAGAACUGGAGUUGCUGAGGGCAGAGAUGUUGUGUAAGAUGGAGGAAGUGAGGCAUGAGAUGGAGUCAAGGUUGGACUCUCAGAGGAGACACAUGGUGCAGAAAGAGUCUCUGCUAAAGAGUGAGGUGGAAGAUCUCAAGGGCCAGCUGUCCAGAGUGGUGUGUGAUGUGCGGGCCCUGUUGGGGGCGGAGCGCCUGCGGAGACAAGAGCUGGCAGAAGCCGAGCUGGAAAAGAGGGAGUUGUUAGAGAUGCUCCGCAGCCUGCAGCCAUACAGAGGCCAGCCCAACCGAGACGAUGCAGUCUUGGGCCAGAAACAGCCAACCACAGGCGUGCCGAACGAGUGGCCGGCACAGGCCGCCAGCCAGUCACUACCAUCAGCCCCGUCCAUUUCUACCUUAGUCCUGCCCAUGUCCCCCAAUCCAGGGGAGGGGUCUCGUAAGGCCGGCCCCCGGAACCUCCCCCUUGACUGCGCCAAGAGGAAGAGCAGAGAGGUCACUGUCAUCUGAAGGGUUCGGGACAUUCCUUAUGUUUGGGAACUGUUGUGUUUGAAAGUCACUAAUAGGAGAAUAUGCUUUGUACAACAAAAUAUUUGUUUAAAAAAAAAUACAUAAAAUUGCCAGUGGAGCUUGCUGAAUGCACAGAUGAUUGGCAGCUACUAAUGACACUGGAUGAGUUUGUUGUGCGUGCUGUUUCCCCAGGUAGGCUGAGAUUUCACUUAAUGACCAACUGAAUGCGCUAAAAUGUGCCAAACUCAGUCCAUCCGGGGAACUGGGCCAGGCAAAACAAGCUUGCCCACUGCUUCAAAACUUUAAACCAAUAUCCAGUAUCUGAAUAAAGUCUGAUGAGACAGCCCUGGUCUUACGGUACUCUGGUUGUACUCCUUGUUAAUGGAUUGACUGUUUAUACAGUAUGGCACUUUGAUACAUCAUCAUUAAACUUUGUAUAUUCCAUGCA